UUGCGCGGCUGUCAAUGAAGACCUUCCACCGCUGUUUUGUUGUCAUUAACUGAGACGAUUUUAAACCCCCCCUCCCCAAUCCCGUCCCAUCCCCCACCGAGAGAUAUUUCCACCGCAAGUGAAAAAAAAAAUCCAAAUCGAUGUGAAAUUAAAGCGAGGAGAAAAUGUCCAAGGAGUCCCGGAGCAGGCGGAGGGAAUUUGCGCCGGCGUUUCUGGGCGGCGGCGACGGGCGUGAGAGGAGCGGGCAACGGCAGCCCGGAGCCGGCGUCGAGCCCCGGGACAGGCCGGGGCCCAAAAUGGGGCCUGCGGGCGAUGAGCGGGAGCGAUCGGGCAGCGGCAGCUCGGGUUCCUCGUACGGGGGCAAAGGCAAGAGCCCGGCUGGGAGCGGCAAUUCCAAGGCCUCGUUCCAGAGAUCCAACAGUCAUGAUAAAGUCCGCAAGAUAGUUGCACAAGAGGGGCGGGCAGCCAGAAACCUGAUUGCAUGGAGUGUUCCCUUGGAAAAUAAAGAUGAUGACGGAAAAUCCAAGACACACAUCAGUGGAAAAGCACGGGAACCAGUGAAAUCACAGCGAUCUGCCCUGGCUUCACAGAGGGUCAUAAAACAGGCUGCUUCAACAGAAAAAUCCUCAUUGAGCACUGUUGGGGAGAAGAACACAGUGGAGAAGAGCCCAACAAAGGGUCGGCAGCCUCGAAAAAUUGACUUACGAGCACGCUAUUGGGCAUUUCUUUUUGACAAUCUCCGUCGAGCAGUUGAUGAAAUUUAUGUCACGUGUGAGUCAGACCAGAGUGUGGUGGAAUGCAAGGAGGUGCUGAUGAUGCUGGAUAACUACGUGCGAGAUUUCAAGGCAUUGAUAGAUUGGUUACAGCUGCAGGAGAAGUUGGAGAAUACAGAUGCACAGAACAGACCCACGUCGCUGGCUUGGGAAGUGAGGAAGAUGUCCCCAGGACGACAUGUUAUGCCAAGUCCACCAGCAGACAGAAUUUGCACAACAUCAAGUGCUCGAAGGAGCUUAAACUUUGGGGCUCCAAGUACCAUGGCUGCUCCUACUGCCCUGGUAGCAGCUCGUCUUGCCCCAUCUGGUGUCAGUUGGGCAGACAAAGUCAAAGCUAAUCGGGUGAAUACUGUGGCUCCAAAACAUAGUCGAAGCAACUGUCAAAAGUCUUCACAGCGGAUCAGAUUGCACCCAAAUGAGAGGAAAGAUACUGAAGGAUGGGAAACGGUGCAGCGCGGAAGAGCUACUCGAUCGCGUUCUGCCACAAUGGCUGCUAAUGCCAGUGCUAAGACUUCGGAAAUUGUGUACCUGAGUCUCAAGGAUGAUAGUGAUAAGGAAAAUGGCCUCUCAGUCUCGCAGAACAGCAAAAUAAACUUUGAACAAAGCAGCCCCAGUUCUGAGAGUAUGACAGGUACACCAGAAAAGUUAAUCAACAGGAAUGAAGACACCUCUGUAGAGAUCCUUAAGCUGCCUUCUCCUUUACAGCCUGCAACAAAAUCUCCUACUUACAAGCACACAGCAAACAUGUCUGUGGAUCCAGCGCAGCCUGAUAAUGUGCCUUUGCAAGACAAGUCUUGGCAGCAAGAUACAGACACUAUUGAGAACGAAAGAGAUGUAGACUGUCUGUCAGAGGAUGUAAAGGUGGAAGUGAUACCUGUCAUUUCUGUGCAAGAACCAACUCCGUCAGAUACUCCCAGACUGGGACCUGACGUGGAUCUCUCCAGUGAGCUUUCAAACCAAUCAAUGGCAGCUGUUCUUGCCAAAGGAGAGGAACUGGCAAAUCGUCUGGAAAAGGAGAAUGAAGAAGCAAUUGCUAAUGCCAUCGCUGAGGAAGAGCAAUUAACAAGAGAAAUACAGGCUGAGGAAAACAAUGACAUAAACUUGGAGACAGACAAUGAAAGCGAGUUCUCUGCCAGCAUGAGCAGCGGCAGCUUGUCUCUCUAUAGUGUUUCCUCACAAUCCCAAAAUCUGGACUGGAAUGAUGUUCUGGCAGAAUAUGAAGCACGUGAACCUUGGCGACAGAGCACCUCAUGGGGAGACAUUGUGGAGGAAGAACCAGCACGACCUCCUGGACAUGCCAUCCAGAUGCACGAGAAACUUUCCUCACCAUCAAGGAAAAUGACAAUUGCAGAAUCAAAAAAGAAACAUGAAGAAAAACAGCUAAAAGCCCAACAACUUCGUGAAAAACUACGAGAAGAGCAAACGCUGAAACUACAGAAAUUGUUGGAGCGAGAGAAGGAAGUGCGGAAAUGGAAGGAGGAGCUGCUGGAGCAGAGGAGGAAGAUGAUGGACGAAAAGCUGCUCCAUGCAGAGCUGAAACGGGAAUUGCAGCUGCAAGCAAUAGUGAAAAAGGCACAGGAGGAAGAAGCUAAGGUUAACGAAAUUGCUUUCAUCAACACAUUGGAAGCUCAGAACAAGCGUCACGAUGUUCUUGCGAAACUGAAAGAGUAUGAGCAGCGGCUGAAUGAACUGCAAGAAGAGCGACAUCGUCGGCAAGAGGAGAAGCAAGCGCGGGAUGAGGCUGUGCAGGAACGCAAGCGAGCACUAGAGGCAGAGCGCCAGGCCCGUGUGGAGGAACUGAUGCUGAAAAGGAGAGAACAGGAGGCACGAAUUGAGCAACAGCGACAAGAGAAAGAGAAAGCAAGGGAAGAUGCUGCACGUGAAAGAGCGAGGGAACGAGAAGAGCGGCUGGCUGCACUUAGUGCAGCACAACAAGAAGCUAUGGAGGAACUACAAAAGAAAAUACAGUUGAAGCAUGACGAGAGCAGUCGGAGGCACAUGGAGCAGAUAGAACAACGGAAAGAGAAAGCAGCUGAACUUAGCAGCGGGAGGCAUGCUAACACUGAUUAUGCUCCCAAACUUACUCCAUAUGAACGGAAAAAGCAUUGUUCCUUGUGCAAUGUUUUGAUCACUUCUGAGGUCUAUCUCUUCAGCCACAUAAAAGGGAGAAAACACCAGCAGGCUGUACGGGAGAAUAGCAGCAUUCAGGGGCGGGAGCUGUCAGAUGAGGAAGUGGAACAUCUAUCCUGCAAGAAAUACAUUACGGACAUUUUGACUGAGACCUGUGUACACCCAGAGACAUCAAAGGAUGCAGAAGAGAAGCAGAAAGUCAGGAAGAAGGCCAAGAAACUUCGAGCGCGCAUGAACUCCAGGGGUAAAGAGUAUGAAAGCUCACUAGAAGCCAAAGCUCAGAUCCCAGACUCGCCCUUCAAAGCCAAACUUCAGAGAUUAGUGAAAGAUCUCCUGAAGCAGCAACAAGGACAGGAUAGUGGACCUUGGGCAAACAACAAGGUGUCUUCUCUUGACAGGACACUGGGAGAGAUCAACCGCAUAUUGGAGAAACAGAAUAAUGCAGAUCAAAUUGGAUUCCAGGUUGGCGGAGGUCUAACAGCCCUUGAGCAGAUCCUUCAUGUUGUGAAUACUGUUUCCAGCCCUAACAUUACUCCUCGGAUUCCACUCAAAUCCCUGUGCAAUGUGAUUAAUGCAUACUGCUACGCCUGUAGUGGCUGCUAUGACAACUGCUUCUAUGUUCUGUUCAGUAACAAGAUCACUUUCUUAAUGGAACUGCUGAUGCAUCAGUUGACGCUUUUUGUUCCUGCUGAAGACGAAGCCAUCUUUGGAAAGAGUGUGAGCAAACAGGUGUUUGAAGGGUUGACCACUGGGCUCCUGCAGACCUGCGCCACUGUUCUUGGAUGUCUGGCCAGCAAUCUCCCCGAGACCAACAGCCAGCCUGGCACACCAAAGAAAUCAGGACAAGAAACAAAAAAUAACCUUUCACACAGCGAACUCUGCAUCAGCAGGAUACAGGAUCUCAUCAGCUAUGUCGUAUAUACUGGACUCACAGAUAAGCUGUAUGGCUGUUUCCUCUCCAUACAAGGGCCUGUUGAUGAGCAACCUAAAAUUGCCUCGUUUCUACAAAAUGUUACAGCCCUGCUGCAUAGUAUGUGCCGGCUUUGCUUUGCUAUUGUAAAUCGAUCACAAGGUAUAUUUGAAAACAAAAGGCAAGACCCCACGGGACUGAUCACAGCACUACAGUCUACAGAGCUGGUUGGCGUUCUCAACAUGCUUUACUGCAUCCUCCUGCAUGGUACAGUCCCGGACCAUAACAUCACCCCGCCUGCAGAAACUUACCCACAGCACACUAUUCAUGUCGCGAUCCAGAGUCUUCGCUUUCUAAACAGUUUUGCAUUUUUGGAUCUUCCCACUUUUCAGGCUGUGUGCGGUGCUGAGGGCCUCUCUCUGGCAUUCCGCCAUAUUGUCAGCUCUUUGCUGUGGUACUGUUACCAUCAUACCUGUGAGGACCUGCUGCAUGAGGUCAUCGUCUGCGUGGGAUAUUUUACCGUAAACCAUCCUGACAAUCAGGUAACAGUGCAAUCAGGCCGCCAUCCCACUGUUCUUCAGAAGCUCUGCCAACUGCCUUUUCAGUACUUCAGUGAUCAGCGGUUAAUCAAAGUCCUGUUCCCAACACUGAUCACAGCUUGUUACAAUAACCUGCAGAACAAGGUCAUCUUAGAGCAGGAGAUGAGCUGCAUUCUGCUGGCUACAUUUAUCCAGGACUUUGCGCAGAAUUUGAGUCUGUCAGACAAUAAAUCUUCUCAACAGAGGGAGAAGACUCCUGGAGCUCAAGACUACCUUGAAUUCUCCAACAGGUUCCCCCGUGAGAUGUGGGAGGAUGCCAGGAAGUUUUUUUUAAACAAAGAGACAGUUUGCUAAGGAUAAAACAAAAUGGGGGGUAAUAUUCAAUACCACAAAAUAUUAUUUGGUUUAAAAACUAGUAAUUCAUUCACUGAUAUUAUGUUCUAGAACGUUCUUAUAUAUGAUUUGCACAAAUUGUAUAUAGUACCUGUUGUACAUAUGAUCUUCAUUGUAAUCACUUUUUGACAAUUUUUUAAUGUGAACCUUUCUAAUGUCUGUGCAUAUAGAAUAACCCAUUUGGUUUCGGUUGUUUAGGAUGAUACGGCAGUUCCCUGUGGAAUGCAUCAACUAAUUUUAUUUAUUAGAAGUACAUCGGUGAUUCAAAUACGCUGAUGACCCAAUAAAAUUAUUUAUUUU